AUGAAGAGCAAAAUAAAUUUACUCCACAAAUCUAUCAACAACUCAACGCCAUCUAUCCCGAUCAACUAUUACCAGCGUUAGACAUUUUAGACAGAUGGGUGAGUAAAGGACACAAAUAACUACUCAGUGCGCAUGCGCGUCGACCGCCAGUUCCAGGCUCGGGCGCGACUGCCGCCAACGGACGAGGACACCAGUCAGUCGUCCUGCGCGCCGCGACCGCGCGUCACCCUUCACGACCACACCACAUAUACACAAAAAGACAAUCUUUUUUACCCACAUCGCACGCCAACACCAUUAAAAUAAACUUAAACAAAUACGGCGUGACUUGCAACUUUCCAACACCGAUUUUAACCCUCAUAAAUGUUAAAUCUCGUACAUUUUAACCCGGAAAAUUUUAUUACGUGCGUAAAACUAGUGGAAAUUAAUAAACUGGUGUGAAUAUGUGUAAGUUUUAACGACGCAAAAUCGAAAUUGAUUUUUUUGCGGAUGCACGGUCACCGCCGGACGCAAAAUGGUCAUUUAUUAUUCACGACGACUCGUCCUUAUGAUAUUGAUAUAGGACACACAAGAAUGUAGUCCACCCGUCAACAAUCAAUUCAAGUUCUUCCCUUCUCAUCAACGAAAUCAACGACCUACGAGUAAAGAGAACACCACCCUAAAACCCCUAAAAAUGUGAUUACCCUAAUAUCAUAAUACGAUAAAUUUUAAAAUGACGCGCGACGGUGAUAUAACGACUAUAUUCAACCCGCGUCGCAAUCGCACACCCAGUGUUCUCGUCACGGAUGAAACAGCACCAAGCGGUACAGCGACACCAGGCGGCGCUGCUGCAGCAAGCGCUGCUGCUGCUGCUGCUGCAACAAACCCAGCGGCUAACACCGCAAGCACAGCGGCGAGUACAACAGGGGGAGGAACGUCAGGCAGUGCUGCCAACGGUCCUUUCACUCAUGCGGAUUCAGUCACGAGUAGUCAACCGGACGGCAAUGCAGCCGAACAACAAUCACCAGCGACGCCUAGCGGACUCACAGCAAAGUACAAAUCAUGUUCGGAUUCUUUGUGUUCAUCAUCAGCGAGAAAAAUAUAUUUCGGUAUAUGGGUGACGGUGUGUGUGACGGCAUCAUGGGUGGGGGCGACGCACUGCAUCAAAUAUCUCUACAUCCAGAAGCCGGUCGAUUACGACGACACCAUCAUCGUGCCGCAGGAGGGCAACGGCGUCAAUGUUACAGCAUUACAUCGGCACUAUAGUGCGAAUUAUAAAGCACCGUUUUUUACCACGUGGUUUGUGACCAAUUGGACGAUGUUAUUCUUUCCGUUGUACUUCAUCAGUCGGUUGGGUAGCCGACGUUGUGAGUCACCGGCGGACAUCUUGUCGGAAAGCGUGCGGGAUUUUCGCGAUAAAGGUUUCACAGCAGGUCGUUUCCUGACGCGUUGCUCACUGUUUUGUUUGCUCUGGGUUGGGACAAAUUACAUGUACAUUCGUUCACUGCACAUCCUGUUGGCGACGGAUGUAAUGGCGCUGUUUGCAACAAAUGUUUCCUUCGUUUACUUGUUGUCCUGGGUGAUUUUGCACGAACAGUUUGUCGGUAUAAGGAUAAUGGCUGUGAUAAUGUGCGAUACGGGGGUAGCACUGCUUGCGUACAUGGAUGGCAUCACUGGAAGUCCAACGCUUGGUGGGGUUGUGUUGGCAACGUCGGCGGCCGCAGGAUCGGCGGUGUAUAAGGUGUUGUUUAAGAAAGUGAUUGGUGAUGCUACGUAUGGACAGGUGGCGCUGUUCUUCUCGCUCAUUGGCAUGCUGAAUGCGGCGUUGUUGUGGCCGCUUAGUUUGGCGUUGUUUCUCACAGGGGUGGAGACGCUGCAUUGGGAGCGGCUGCCAUGGCCAGCGCUUUUGGCGGCUAGUGCGUUAUCAUUAGUGGCCAAUCUUCUGGGGAACUUCAGUGUCGUGCUCACCUACGACUUGUUUAUUACACUGGGGUUGAUUACGGCUGUACCUGUUUCAGCGGCAUUGGAUGUGGUUCUCUAUGGUGCUCAGUUUGAAGGCAUGAAACUCGCCGGAAUGAUCCUCAUCGCAGUGGGUUUCUUCCUCGUCAUGUUCCCGGACAACUGGCCUGAUUAUAUCACGCGUCUUCUCAGAAGAACCAGUCGUGUCUUCAGGGGGAAGAAAUAUCAUCAUGUUGAGUCACAGUGCGAGGUGGAGCAGGCGGAGCAGGCAUGGUGUGCAAGGUCCCCAUCGCCGGGACGUGGUGGAUUAUCGUACCGGUUACAUCAGAUCCCAUCUGCGCUCGCCUUCGGGCCGGGUCAGGUGACCGCCUCGCCGCCACCAAUGCGAAGCCGCUGUGGGAGUGCCAGCGCUGGAAGCGGCUGCGGCACUAAUACCCUUACAGCCGCUCGAUACUAUGGCACUGGCUACGAUUCCGCCGGCGGAUGUUAUUCCGACUUCGCCGAUACUUCCGGCGGUGGUCCCGGAGGCGGUUACGGCCUCACCGCAACUCCCUCGCACUACCAUGCGGCGCGUGCGCGAUCUCCGUCUCGAUCUAGUCCGACGAUCGUCAUAGAUGACACCACUUUCUGCGGAUACAAUGACCUUGACAUUGUCUACACCUAACUCACCGAACCGAACAUAACCUAUAACUUUUACUAAUAUUAGCGAAGAAAAACGUAGCAUAUCGAUUCAUAUCGAACAAAUGUAGUGCGUAGACGUAAUUAAUAAUGAGAAACAAUCAGCAAUCACGUUAACACUAAUCAAAUGCCAACAUAAUCUAAAAUAACACCAAUUUAUGCAAGAUAUUUCAAUACGAUUUGCUUUGAUUGCCGUUUACAGGGUUAUUAUAUUAAUAUUUUACUGAAACAAUCGUUGAAAUCAAUAAUCUGCAAUACAAUCGAUAAAUACACCACUCAAACCGUUCACAUGCACGUAGGCAACCAGUAAUACAACUCUAUCAACUUCUAGAGAUAUAUUUUAUUAAUUGUUACCAAUAAUACUUCAAGAUAGAUCUAAAACAUGUGUAAAAACAUUUAUUUUAUGUGAAAUAUUCAAUAUCGCACAAUUUGUUCUCAUAUUUUCUUCGAUAGAACCUCAAAGUUAUAUUUAUUGUAUUGUGAACAAUCUAUAGCAAUCUAUAUCUGUUACUAGAAGAAUGUUAUUAUCUACAGUGAUGUAAUUUAAUCAAUGAUACCAAUUAAAUCUUUUUAUGCAUAAA